UCCUUUCUCGUCUCUUUGGCAGCCGGGACGCUCAGACCGAAGGAAGGCAGGAAGGCUUGAGGGAGAACCUUGAGGACAUGCUGCGUCUCCUGCAAACUUCUCAGCAAGCAAAGCGCGGCGGAGCUGGAAGGACAGCGGAGAGGAUGAGGAUGUAAAGAGGAGCAGAGCAAAGAUCAGAGGAGAGCCCUUCACUCCUAUUGAUCCUGCAUCGAGGAGCCCUGCUGUAACGAUGUGGGCAGCUCUAACCUUGCUGACCAUUUUCCUCAGCUGGGACUUCCUGUCGGCUCAGUCCAAAUCAGACCGAAUAAAUAACACCAACGUUCAGACCGGUGGAACUGGGCUGAAGACCAGGAAGCAGCCGCACAUCAUCUUCAUCCUGAUUGACGAUCAAGGCUUCAAUGACAUUGGUUACCACAACCCCACCAUCAAGACCCCAACCCUGGACAAACUGGCAGCAGAGGGGGUGAUACUGGAAAAUUACUAUGUUCAACCCAUCUGUACUCCAUCACGAAGCCAACUCAUCACUGGAAGAUAUCAGAUCCACACAGGAUUACAGCACUCUAUUAUCAGACCCAGGCAGCCGAGCUGUUUGCCCUCAAACAUGGACACCCUGCCUGAGAGGCUCCGCGAGGCUGGCUACGCCACACACAUGGUCGGGAAGUGGCACCUGGGCUUCUACAGGAAAGCCUGUCUACCCACCAGGAAAGGUUUUGACACUUUCUUUGGUUCCUUAACGGGGAGCGUGGAUUAUUACAGUUAUAGAUCUUGCGACGGCCCUGGUUUGUGUGGCUACGACCUCCAUGAUAAUGAGAACGUAGCAUGGGGCCGGGAAGGAAAAUACUCCACGACGCUGUUCACCCAGAGAGCCCGAAAGAUCCUGGAGAGUCACAGCCUGACGGACAGGCCGCUCUUCCUGCUGCUUUCCCUGCAGGCAGUCCACACCCCUCUGCAGCCUCCCAAGUCCUACAUCUAUCCCUACCGGGACAUGGCUAACGUUGCCAGGAGGAAGUUCGCUGCCAUGGUCUCCACGGUGGACGAGGCCGUCCGAAAUGUCACCUACGCCCUCAGAAAGUACGGCUACUACAGGAACAGUGUGAUCAUCUACUCCACUGACAAUGGAGCCCAGCCGUUCACCGGAGGAAGCAACUGGCCGCUACGAGGCAGAAAGGGCACUUAUUGGGAGGGCGGAGUCCGUGGAGUGGCGUUUGUACACAGCCCACUGCUGAAACGAAGGAGGCGGGUCUCCAAAGCUCUGCUCCACAUCACUGACUGGUUCCCUACACUGGUGGGACUGGCCGGAGGCAACAUAAGCCAGAGCCAGGGUCUGGACGGGUUUGAUGUUUGGCCCACCAUCAGCGAGGGGAAGGAGUCUCCGCGUAGAGAGGUUCUCCACAACAUCGACCCGCUGCACAAACAUCCGACCGAAACCAAGAGCCGGGGUGACCAGCCAGGAAAGAAAGCAGCUGCAGGGGGGCCAUCCAAAGGAAAGGCAUUUAAAAAGCCAAAGAAGAAGAAAAAGGUUUUGAAGCAGAAACCAAAUCAAAAGCCAGAGACCAAGUUAAAGACCACCAAGAAACCCCAGAUCUUCUCUAAUCCUGCUCCAAAGUCUAAAAAAUCAAAACCUGUUCCCAAAGUGGAGCUGAAACCCGGCCCAAAAACAAAGCUGGCUCCAAAAUCCAAGGCUAAACCCAAAUCCCAACAUCGGACCAAACUCCACAGCAAACCAAAGAUCCAGAGCAGUGGGACUCCGUCAGCAUCGGGUGCUUUCUGGCAUAAAUCUAAGACCAAAUCCAAGAGGACCACCUUACAGGACCACAACCUGUCUCAGUCUAGACCAGCUAAGACCAAAUCAAAGAAACAACUCAAAGUCCAGUUAAAGCCCAAGUCCAAACAGGCAUUGCUCCAGAACCAGUAUGAAACCCCCACACCCAGAGCUCAGUCUCUACCUUCUCAAUUAUGGGACCCAUCUGUGCAGGCUGCCAUCAGGGUUGGAGACUGGAAGCUGUUAACAGGAGAUCCAGGUCAUGGAGACUGGGUUCCUCUGCAGAUGCUUCCCACUCUUCCUGGUCGCUGGUGGAACCUUGAACGUUCCUCAUCCCCUCUCUACAAAUCCCCCGCCCACAAAAACAUCUGGCUCUUCAACAUCACCGCCGACCCGUUCGAGAGGCAGGACCUGGCAGAUCAGAGGCCAGACGUUGUCCAGCAGCUGUUAGCCCGACUGGCCUACUACAACCAGACAGCUGUGCCGGUAUACUUCCCUCCGGACGAUCCCCGGGCCAACCCCAGCAGGCACGGAGAGGCCUGGGUACCCUGGGCCGACGAAGAGGAGGAGGAGGGAAAAUAUCAGGGGGUUUAUAAGAAAGGCAGGAGCACCAAGAAGAAGAGGAAGAAGACGACGUGCCGGCUGUGCAAGCUCAAAUCGUUCUUUAUGAAACUGAACACGGGGAUGAUGUCAAACGGUAUCUGAGGCGUCGGACGAUUGUAAUCUAGCGUUUAAAUCAAUGUCAGAACUUGGAAAAAAAAUCUUUGUAUUUUUCACUCAAGAUGUUUCUCCUAUAUUUUAUUUUUUUUAUCCAUUUGGAAAAACAUUGAUGUAUUGAUUUAAAGGGAUGUGAUCAUAGUCAAUGGUUUGGUCUGAAUGCUGCAAAUCGAUAAAGACUCUUCAGCCCAAGCAGAAGUGUAGCUGUCAGUAAGGAUGGUUCCUUUAGUAUAGGGACAUCCUGACAUUCAUCUAGCCACAAUGAACUAAAAUGAUUCCCAGAAUCCUUUGGGGGACAGGACGUAUAGGCACAGCCAACCUCACAGAAUGUGUUCUCUGAGGGAUGCGUAAAUACUUAUGUUUAAGGUUUUAAAUGAAGACCUAACCUGACCUAUCUUGUGUUUUAUGACUGUAUUUACCAUAACAAGAGCAUUUGACCUCACUGAGUCUUUUAUUGUAUACAGAAAACUCUUAAGUUGGAUCAAAAACAGUGAUAACCAGAAGUAGAGUAUCCUAAUUCAAUGAGGUGCAAUAAUUCUAUCAGAAUGUUUUUGUGCAGCUGGAGUAGAAAUGUCAUAGUGCGUGACGAGGCUCCUUAAAAACGUGUUUAUGAAAAUUUGACCCAUGAAGAUGCCAACAAACCACCAGUGCCAUGUUUCAGGUAAUAUGCAAAACAGGACAUCUUCAAAAAUGAAUUAUUCAGCUCAUACAUUUAAACGAAAGCCACUAUCUAGUUAUUGAAUAGACUAAAACCUGCUGCUGUCAGUUAUAGCUUUGUAUUCCCCAGCCAAGGGACACUUUGCAUUCAGUCUGCAGGAUCUACCUACGCAGUAGAACAGAGUCUGCAGCCUCCGCUUCUGGAGCCACAAGUGGCUCUUUUCACUCUACAAUGGCUUUUCACUGUGGCUAAAAACUUUAAAGCACCAACUUACUGUUCAGGAUAUAGUGUAUUGACAAAUACCUUUUACUUUAUACAGACAACAGAAUGACCGUACCAGAAAUAUGUUUUUAAUAUGUUUCU